GCGGCACAACACGGUUUGGAAGAUGGUUUUAUGAUAUACUCGCUCAUUUAAAAUUGUUCAUUUCGAGGAAAAAGUUACUUUAGGUUUUGGUUUUUGCGCGUCUUUUCAUCCGGGUCUUCUGACCGACGAAUGAUUGGCGGAGACGCAGCGCGCAGAAGCGGGAGACACAAACACAGCCGCAUGUCUCGACGCGACGCGACCGAGGGCGGAUUUAAACAUGUUUUCGCGAUCCUGCGCUCGUUAUACCCGCGCGUUCAGACUCUGCAGGAGUUCGCAGACGGACUCGUGUUCUCUGACGGACGGAAACCGGUUCUUCUUGACGAAAAAGACGGCGCGCGAUUUCAAAAACUCGCCGGAGGACUGAUCAUAUGCGCGUGCGCGCCACCGCAGCAGCUGCGCGUGCCCGCACAGCUCGGCACGCUGCCGGAGGUUCUGGCGUUCACGCUAAACCACAUCAAGCGGAAGAAACUGAGGAACGUGCUGGGAUUCGGCUAUCAGUGCAGUGACGUGGCGGCCGGCUCGGACCCCUUCCGUUUCCACGGCGACGUUUCGCAGACGGCCGCCUCCAUCAGCACCAGCGAGCUGUGGAAGCGGAUCAACCAGCGUCUGGGAACGGAAGUCACGCGGUACCUGCUGCAGGAUUGCGCGAUCUUCGCCACCGUGCCGCCGUCCUGUUUGCUGCAGGUGUGCGGCGAGCCCGUGUACGACCUUCUGCUGCCGCGCACCUGGUCCGGGUUCUUCCUGGACCGCGCCGCGACUCAAACAUCGUCCGGCGUGACGCGGAAAACUCCUGUCGGCGUCCCUCGGAAGAAAGUCACGAGAGACGAUAAGAAAAUAGUUUCGAAAAAGAGAGCGAGAGAGGAGGAAAUAGAUGACGAACGGAAAGAUCGUCCGGCAGUAAAGAAGCGACGGCUGACGAUGGACGAAAACGACGGUUCGUUAAAUUCACGAAACCCUGAAAGUCACGGAUCGCGGAGCUGGAAACCCGCGGAUCAGCGUCCUCCGCGACCGUCGCGCUGUUCCAUCCGGGUUUUGAGUAUGCUUUACGGUGGGCGGGGCUUGAAGGGCUUCCUGCUUAACAGGAAGCUGCAAGCAGGUGUGGGCGGGGCUAGACGGCUGCAGGGGGCGGAUCUCGUGCGCGUCAUUUUCCUCCAAUCGGAGUCCAACGUGUUUGACGGACAGGCCAAGUUUCGGAAGCUUCCCAAGCGUUUCUUCGCAAUGGUUCCCUUGUUCGCUCGGCUCUUACGGCAGCACAGGAAGUGCCCGUAUGCUCUCUUCCUGCGCAGGAAGUGCUCGGUGAAUCCAGAGGCGGAGGAUAUGGAGUCGCUGCUGAAGUCGCACUUGUCGCCGUACAGGGUGUAUCUGUUCGUGAGGGAGUGUUUGCGAUACGUUGUUCCUGAGGAACUCUGGGGAUCCCAGGAAAACCAGCUCCACUUCCUGUCCAACGUGAAGAACUUCCUGCGUCUUGGGAAGUUUGAGCGUCUCCCGUUGAUGCAGCUGAUGUGGAAGAUGAAGGUCAAGGCCUGCCAUUGGCUGGGGCUCAAGAAACGUCACUGCGCGAGCGAGCACCGCUACAGAGAGUGGAUCUGCGGUCAGUUUCUGGGCUGGAUGUUGAGCGGUUACGUGGUGGGUUUGGUCAAAGCGUUGUUCUACGUCACCGAGAGCAUGGGACAGAAGCACACGCUGCGCUUCUACAGAGGGGAAGUGUGGAUCAGACUACAGGAAAUGGCCUUCAGAGCUCAUCUGUCUAAGGGCCAGUGGAGGGCGCUGUCUCCAUCUCAGGCCCUAAAGUUCCCCAAGACCACAGUGACUUCCCGAAUCCGGUUCAUCCCGAAGGUGAACAGCAUGAGACCCAUCACUCGCCUCUCAGGACCCCGAGACUCACUGCAGCUUUUCCAGAGUGGCGUGCGGCUCCUGCAGAAUGUGCUGAGUGUGUGUGUGCGAGAGGCCCCGGGGCAUGGCUCCACUGUCUGGGGCUGGCAGGGCAUUCACCGCGUCCUCAAGGAGUUUGGUCCGCAGCAGAAGAGCUCGCCGAGACCGCUGUAUUUCGUCAAGGUGGACGUGAGCGGGGCGUACGACAGUCUCCCUCAUCAGAAGCUGGUGGAGGUGUUGGGUGAAGUGCUGCGUGUGUUCUCCGAGCGCAGCUUCUUCGUGCGUCAGUACGCUCGCGUCUGGAAGGACCCUCACCUGGGCCUGAGGAAGCACUUCUGCACUAGAGCCGAGAUGAGCGAGCCGCUCAACAUGAAGGGCUUCGUUGUGGAGGAGCAGGCCGGCGGGACGCUGCACGACGCCAUCCUCGUGGAGCGGCACUCGUCUGAGGUCCGAGGUGGAGACGUGUUUCAGUUCUUCCAGAAGAUGCUGAGCAGCUACAUCAUCCAUCAUGACAACAAGAUGUUCCGUCAGGUGUGUGGAAUCCCGCAGGGGUCUUCAGUGUCGGCGCUGCUGUGUAACCUGUGUUACGGACACAUGGAGAACUCACUGCUGAAGGGCAUCGCUAAAGGAGGGUGUCUCAUGCGGCUGGUGGAUGAUUUUCUGCUCAUUACGCCUCAUUUGAGCAAAGCCACGGAGUUCCUGACGACGCUGCUGGCCGGUGUUCCCGAUUACGGCUGUCAGAUCAACCCUCAGAAGGUAGCAGUGAAUUUCCCGGUGUGUGUGGAGUGGCUGGACUCGGGUGUGAGGGUCCUGCCCUCCUGCUGUCUGUUCCCCUGGUGCGGUCUGCUGCUGGACACACACUCGCUGGACGUCUACAAGGACUACUCACGGUACGACGGCCUAUCGCUGCGCUACAGCCUGACUCUAGGCUCCGCCCACUCGCCAACCGCGGUCAUAAAGAAGCUGCUGUCGGUCCUCAGUCUCAAGUGUACCGACAUCUUUCUGGACCUCAGGAUGAAUUCAGUGGAAGCUGUUUACAGGAGCUUAUAUAAACUCAUCCUGCUGCAGGCCCUCAGGUUUCACGCGUGUGUGAGGAGUUUGCCUCUGGGUCAGAACGUGGAGUCGAACCCGUGCUUCUUCCUGAAGAUGAUCUGGACGAUGUCUCGAGUCACCAACAGACUCAUCAGACACAUCAAUAAAGGUCUGGUUCUAGGUUCUCCGGACGGCGGAGGUCUUCUGCAGUAUGAAGCUGUUCAGAUGCUGUUCUGUUUGGCGUUUGUGGUGGUUUUCACUCGGCACCGAUCUCUUUACCGCAGCCUGCUUCCCCCGCUGCACAAACGAAAGAGGCGUCUGGAGCGCGAGCUGCGGGGCAUCAGACUGUCACGUGUGCGUCAGGCCGCCACUCCCACAAUCCCCAAGGACUUUAAACGCAUCCGGACGUAGAGCAGUAAACGUCCGAGUUUCGCCCCCGCGGCAGCUGACUAAACAGAUCCGCGCACCUCGUAAACGCUUGAUGCAUGUUGUUAAACGCAUGGAGAUAAGAGAUGCUUGUAAACAACAGUGUUCAGAAGCUCAGACGUUCAUUUCUGUUGUUUUGCUUCAUGUUUCUGUGAUGUUUGCAUUCU